CACCCUGUAUAAAUUUUUCGCUCUGUAUUUUAGACACCAGAGUGAAUAGAUUCAUUCGUUAAUCAGCACUCGUAAUUGAGAACGUACGAGAACUAAUUAUUUGUGCUUCGAAACGACGAUUGCGAAAACUGCACUCAUCGUUCGAUGUAAAUCUGCGAAAGUUGCAGCCUCCAAACAAUUCAACGGUUUCAGCGAAUACGCUGUCGAGAGUGAGUUAGUGUAUCGAUAUAAACACAAAAGAAACGGAAAGAUUUCGCUACACAAGUUCCGAAGAUUCUUCGGUCGUCCUCGGGUACAUAAAGGCGAAGGUAGGUUUCCUUAAUCACAAUAGUAACCAAUAGCGUGAGCGUAUCUAGUAACGCCGGACGAAUGGUAGGGCUGAGAGAUUUCGAGCAAUAGUUCGGCUUCGAAGUCAUUCUAUCAGUGUCGUCGAAGCAUAUCAUAUUCCUUCUCGAAGUGUGACUAAUGAUCAAGUAACAUCGGAAAAUAGACAACAACAUUGAUACAAUAUACAAUUGGACAAUAUACAGUUCAACAAUCGUUUCGUCGUGCAAAUUUAUCAAGUUCGGUGAAAAAUCGUCGAACGCGUGUGGCGGCAAGACCAACAAGUCAUUGUGACGAUGUAUGAGCACCCUAGACAUCCUCUCUCGGAGACUAUGAAAUGGUGGAAGCUAAUCGAAGACGAGGAAUUUGUGGAAAACAUAUUAAGAAAAUACACUUCGAAUAUAAAAUAUCCACAUAGCGAUGAGAAACAGAAGGAGGACAAUGGAAUACGCGCGAAUCUAGAUCAAAAGUCUGCGCCAUCGUCUGUAGCAUCUGAGACCGAACGCCAGGAUAAAUAUUCGUGUAAAAAAAAUAGACGGGCAAUUGCCGGGAUUAAGGUGAAAUGCGAGUACACGUAUCCCGAAUAUAAAUACACAUGUUCGCAUCCUUCGCUGCGCAUGCCGCUAAUUGAGCCGAAACCUAUUGUCUUUCCCGACCUCAAUGUACCGGAGUUACGUCGGUCCAAAACAGCGUCACAAGCAUCAACAAGCGUUUGUGAGAAAGUUGCGCCUUUAAAGCCGUCAGAUAAUACGUUGGAAAAUUCGAAAGAUGAAACGCCAACACAUAAAUUCCUAAACCUCGAGAAUAAAAAAUCGGUGCCUAAUAUCUUGGCAUCAUUUUAUGAGUCGCCAAACAGAUAUUUGAUUGUAGAAGACAUGAGGAAGGUCUCAGGACUCCGUAAUAUGUCCUUGGAGGAAGAAAUCAAUAGUUGUGAUCAGUUUAUGGAAUUUAAUACCUUCGCUAUUUAUCAGGAGAUGCCUAUAGAACAGAAGCAAAACGGGAAGGAACAAGAAGAGUCAAAGAUUAAGCCGCUUUGUAAAUUGGAACUUGGACAACCAACUGCUACUAAUUAUAGAACUAUUUUUUACCUCAAAGGAACGAUAAAAUGCCUGUUUUGCAAAGAAAGGAUGAAGGCUGGCUUCAACAUCCGCGGCGAUAGCAGAACGGUAAUGUACGAUGAGAUAAAAAAUGAUUACGUAUUAACCUAUAGACAGAAAGACGUCACAGGUUUGAUCCACCGCUCAUGUAAGAUGCUAAAGAAGGUGGAUUGCAACAAUAACGAACCGUAUCUGUAUUGUACGUUAUCGCAUGGGAAGAAAUCAGAGAAGGUGCAUACGAUGAACAUGAAAUACAAGUUCGGCCUGCUGCUAAUCAUGCUUGCAUUGACCCUACUUCCGAUAAGUCUAAGUGUGACCCAAUACUCAAUCCUCGAUAUGCUAGGGAUAAAUCUAAAACUAGAGGGCUUUAAGGAAGGAAUGUGGACCAUUAUUUCCUUGUUCUCUCUGUAUUACCUGUUCUUUGCAUCCUUAAUCGCGAUUGAUUUAUACAGAUACUACAAAAGAAAGAAUGACGUAGAGACGAUACACUUGACUCUAUGGGAUCUUCCGCCUUUCAUAAAGAAACUCUAAACUUAUUAUAACUUAGAGAAUAAGCUUAUUGUUCGGGAAAUAAUAUACACAUAGAUAUAUACAUGUAUAUACACACAUAAAUACAU